UUACGUAAACCGUUUCCACUGAUUGAGGGUAACAGUCAAACGUGAUCAGGUUUAAAAGAGUGAAAUCCGAGUAUUUGUUAUAAUAUCCCAAUGAAGCUAUCCUACCGCAAACGUUCUACAAAUACGUCCGCAAAUAAAAUUUUAACUAAUUAUCAAUGUAGAUGUUUAAAUAUACCCGCCUUCAAAACUACAGGACUGCAGUCUUGAAAUCGUUGGGUUAAGAACAUUGGCAGCGUCGAUCCGAGCUUCGAUUAGCCCAUGGAUUGGCCAUUGAAGUCGAUCUUGUCAGUAGUAGUUGGUAGUAGUCUGUACUCUGUGGUCGAUCUGAGGUUACGCUACACCAACAGUUGACGUCUCGUUGGCCUCGCAUUUGGAGGUUAAGCUUGGAAUUUGGUGUACCCAAAGUGCCACCACAAUGAACGAGCUUGAUGCAGAAGUUGUUAAAGUUGGAGACUAUGUUGUCGUACAAAGACAGAAUUUCUACAAGCUCCAUAAGGUGACGGCGAAUGGAAAUUUACUACUGGGUAAAGACCAGCUGGAGAUGAGUAGUAUAAUUGGUAGACCAAUGUGGACAACGUAUAAAAUGGAAGCAAAGGUGACUGGGAAGAGAUUAUACACUUUGCUGGAGACUAAAGAAGUUGAAUCGCUAUCGAAAGACUUGAAGAGUGUGUUACCCAGUGGGCUAGACAACAGAAGCAUCAUUGACGACGGAACGUCGCAACAGUUAUCAACCGAAGAUAUUGUGGGAUUAAGGGAAGCAGGGAAGUCGAGUAAAGAAAUAGUUGGCAAACUGAUAGAGAAUAGCAAAACGUUUCAGAAUAAAACUGAAUAUUCGCAAGCCAAGUAUUUGAAAAAAAAAGAAAAGAAAUAUUUUGAGUACAUCACGAUUAGAAAACCUACAAUACGGCUAAUUCAAGACAUUUAUUUUCGAAUGGAUCAUCAGAAGAUCAGCAGUCUGAGGAUGGAUACACUAGCUCAGCUCCUUUCUUAUUCUGGCGUUAAUGCUGAUGGGCUCUAUAUGGUCUAUGACAGUGGUUCUCAAGGGUUGCCCGCUUCAGCUAUGCUUCAUCGCAUUGGCGCAGGAACAAAUGGUAAACUAAUUCACAUGCAUCCAGGAAAUAUUCCCCAAAGAACAUUGAUUCAAGCAAUGAACUUUCCCGAGGAGCAGCUGCGUAGAAUGCUUACUGUUAACAUUUAUAGUCUAAUACGUAUGUAUUACCAGGGGACUGAACAAUUUCUAGAAGUAUCAAAGUACAAAGCAAAAUCUGAUACCCUGAACGUAGAAUGCAUUGUAUUGGAAUCCAAUGACUCUGACUUCACAGAAGAUGUGGCAAAUCCUAAGGUGCCCAAGGCUGAAGCUGAAGUAAAGGCAGAGGGGAUUACAGAAGAUAAUGCAAGCAACAGAGCUGUGAACUCAUUCGAAAGCAAAGGGUUGAAACGCAAGCUUAACGAUGCACCAAGUCACGAACCACCUAAAAAACCUAAAUGGCUUAUAGAAACACAAGAGGCUGUUGAGAUUAUGAAAGUAACUAAAGCUGACGGUCUAGCUAUCAUAGCUAAAGAACAUCCACUUAAUAUAAUCAAAGGUCUUCUGCCAUUUUUAGGAAUCUCUAGGCCAUUUGUUAUUUAUCAUUCAUCUCGAGAACCAUUACAGGAAACUUACGUCGCUUUGAAGCAAAGAUCAGAUGUUAUUAAUUUAAGGUUAUUCGCCAACUUCUUACGGUCUCAUCAAGUAUUGCCAGAUAGGACACAUCCUGACAUUUUAAUGAGUGACACAGGUGGAUAUUUAUUGUAUGGAUAUUUAGUUGACUAAGCUUAACACAUAAACUUCCACAAUACACAGUGAUCAAAACACAGCACAGUUGUGGCACUUUUAGUGAAAAUUUCAGGCUAUUUUAAACCAUAUAGCAUACGGCUGACAAAGUUGUAGAGAAAAACUUUCUCACGAAAUAACAAACUGCAAAUAAAAUCAGUGAUUUGAUACAAGGUCCAAGUAUAACAAAAGUGAUUUUUGAGUAUAUUACAGUACCAAUAAUUUGUGCAAAUCUUAUUUGAAAAUAGUUUUUGGAGAAAUUUCCAGUGCUAGCUUCAUGUAAUUUAAUAAGAAUCCAUUCAUUAUAUUAAAUGACAUACAAUCAAGAUGAACAUUUCUUAUAAAAGUAUAAAUAUGCAAAUUA